CAUUUUUCUGCCUGCAAAUUUAGGCCGUGGAAUAUGCAUGAUGAGCACCUCGUGGAGAGACAAGCAGGACCACCACCUUAUCAACUUCAUUGGUGUGUUCCUGGCCGCCAACUCUUAUCGCCUAAACUUCCUGUCGAUAUCUCCUGCGUAUUCCAGGAUUUCAUCUUCAACAAUGGGGGGCUAUCAGUUGCUUUCAUCUUUGAGACGAACUGGGACUGCGGGAAUGGAGCUGCUGUUUUUAGCAGGGUGAAUGCACUGAAGAGGCAGUACAAAAAUCUCUACGUCUUUGUUGCCGUCCCCACGGUGGAGCAAAUCAAAUCGUUUAAUCAGUCUUAUUUCAAGUAUGGCAUGGAGCUUGGCUGCCCUACAUUUGUACCAAUCGCGGUGCAGGACAUAUAUUGGUCCUCUACUGGUCUGGUCUGCUGA